CGGCAUCGGCCUUUCUGGAAAAAAUUUUAGAAGGGAAAAGCACGCUACAUCUGCUCUGCUAUAAUUUUAAAUUUACAAGUUUUCACACAUUGUUCCGUCUGGAAGUUAACGAUGAAACGCAAUAAACGUUCGGCCACAGUGAGCCAUUGUAAUAUGCCAUGCUGUUCUAAUAGUAAUAAAGAUGAUGUACAGAGUCCGACGACGGCUCAUUUGGAAAACAAUGGGCAAACUCGCAGGAAAAAGACCAAAAAUGAUCAAAAGUCACUCAGGGGUAAAAAAUCCAGUCAAAGCUCAACACAGCAAGCUGCCCAACUAGCAGGGGGAGGUGAUAUAACUCAUAAAAACAAACAGGCUGUAAGCAGAUCACACCAGAAGAGGAAAAGGGGUACAGUCCCUCAUCAGUCGCCAUCUUCUAAUUUCAAUCAGGAGGAAAAUGACAUUCAAGUCCUGCAGGUAUCGGAGGAUGAAGAAACCUCAACCUCAGAAAAGUCAACAUCCUCAGACGAGGAAGAGAGUGAUAAUGACGAAGGCUUUAUAAAUUUCAGGGACAUAAUAUCGUCCCAUUCAAAUUACAUUACAGGUCAAACAGUUCCGCCUUUUGGCACCACAAAUGGACGACCAACCUACCAAAAUACCAGAACAGUUGCUGCUUCUUCACUGAACUCUUCGGUCUUACACAUACUAUUAAAAUCCCUGGCACCGUCCACAAGAAACAGUUACCGAAAUGCUUUCAAACAGUAUACCCGUUUUCAUAAUACUUACUACACUAAGUUCAAAGGCUCCCUUCUUCCUAUUCCAACUUAUAAAAUGGCACAGUUCAUUGCAGUAUGCCACGAUAGGGGCCUUAAACCGGCGACUAUAUCAACUUGGAUAUCAGCUUUGUCCUAUAUUCAUCGUCUUCACAGGUUAAGAAAUCCUUCUAAGGCAUUCAUUAUUAAGAAACUGUUAUACAGUAUUAGGAAAACUAAGGUCUCGGACAAACGUCACGGUUUCACUAUUCCUUUGCUUAGGUCAUUAAUCCAAUCUUUGAGCAAAAUUACUGCAAAUCCAUUUACCAAGCUCCUACUGAAAACGAUGUACCUGGUGGCUUUCUAUGCCUUGCUUCGUCUUGGAGAAAUUUCAGUCACCAAAACGGGAAAGGCCAAUAUUGUUAAACUUGAGAAUGUAUCAUUUUCAUAUGAUAAGUCUCGGCUCAAUAGUGCCUCCAUCCAUCUCACUCAUUUUAAGCAUUCAAAAGGCCAGACAGCAAAAAUUGUGCUGAGUAGGUCAAAACACAGACAACUUUGUCCUGUACGCACAUUAGCUAAUUAUGUCAGUCAGAUCUCCUCGUGUAAUGGCCCGUUAUUCCGCUUUAGUAGUGGUCACCCGGUUACAGCAUCUUUCUUUAGGCGUAUGCUAAAACGCUGUCUAGUAGAAAGCGGACUAGAUCCUACCAAAUAUACAUCUCACUCUUUUCGAAUCGGAGGGGCAACCUUAGCACAUGACCUGAAUUUCUCUAAUACACAAAUCCAACAGUUAGGCCGUUGGUCUUCACAAGCAUAUACCAAAUAUCUGCGGCCCAGCCUUUCUAAGGGACCAAUCAAAUAAGGUCCUUUGUAACAAAUUCAAGGAUUUCACUUUGGGUACAGACAAGUUCAAUACUAAUUGUCAAAUUAAAAGUAUGGCUAGGGCCUAUGCAUAGUCCACUCUAUCCUUAUUGUACACUUGAUAAUAUUGUUUGACUGUCUGAGGCAGCAAAGUUUAUUGUACAAUAUACAUUUUAGAUUGUUAUUGUAGUACAACCGGGUUUUACGCGGUGAUAUUUUCAUACUCAAUGACGGUAUAGGCAUCUACAUACUCCAUAAGUGUUACAAUUUCAUGUGUCAUUACUAGAGCAUUAUAUAUAUUUAUACAUCUUACUAUACAUAAUUUUAUUAAGGAGUGGAGCUCCAUGUAUGAUCUUUAUGAUAAACUGCAAUUCCCUCAACUGUCUGAGGCAGUGAAGACUUGGAGCACAUGCUUGAAUAAAAUUGUCGCAUGAUUAUAUUUUAUUAUUAAGGCAAAUAGAUAUCUAAACACUUCUCUCGUAUAGAUAUUAGGAUGUCACUUUACGACUUUAUUUAACUCGACUGACAGAGGCAGCGAGCAAAUUGUCACGUCUUAAUUUUUCUUAUGCGGAUAUAAAGCUUAGUUUCACUCGACUGUCUGAGGCAGCGAGCAAACGGUCUCAUGUUCGGUAAUUUAUGAUAUAAUGCCUUAUUUAACUUGACGUCUGAAACAGCGAGCUAUUUGUCACAUAUUUGAAAUUUUAUGAUGUACAUAUUACAAAUUGUCUCAUGUUUGGUUAUUUUAUUUUGCCUGAUUUCACUCGACUGUCUGAGGCAGUGAGCUAUUUGUCACAUGUGUUCAUAUUAUAAUACUUACUUCCACUCGACUGUCUGAGGCAGCGAGCAAAUUGUCUCAGGUUUUGUAAUUUUAUUAUGUUCAUGAUAUAGUGCCUUAUUUCACUCGACUGUCUGAGGCAGUGAGCUAUUUGUCACAUGUUUGAAAUUUGAAUAAUGUACAUCUUUUGAUACUUAUUUUUACUUGACUGUCCGAGGCAGCGAACAAAAUGUCUCAUGUUUGGUAAUUUGAUUAUGUUCAUGAUAUAGUACCUUAUUUCACUCGACUGUCUGAGGCAGCGAGCUAUUUGUCACAUGUUUGAAAUUUUAUUAUGUUCAUAUUAUGAUACUUAUUUUCACUCAACUGUCUGAGGCAGUGAGCAAAUUGUCUUCUGUUUGGUAAUUUUAGUAUGUUCUUGAUAUAGUACCUUAUUUCACUCGACUGUCUGAGGCAGUGAGCCAUUUGUCACAUUUUGAAAUUUUAUUAUGUUCAUAUAAACUUAAUUUCACUCGACUGUCUGAGGCAGCGAGCUUAGUGUAUUGUCUUUGAAUUUUAAUAUGUUCAUUAGCCUUAUCUCCAGUUCAUCCUUUGCUUAAUACUUGCUCGACGGUCUGGGACAGCAAAGAGUAUCUCCUGUUAGAAUUUUCAUUUUGUUCAUUAGCAAUACCUCGGGUCAUAUUAAAGAGGUUCUUCUGAUACUUAAAUUUAUUUCCCCAAGUAA